AUGGACCAUCCUGCGGGAUCAGAUAAGAGCCUGUUGGACCGUCUCAAUGCGCUCAAAGCCACAUCAGUCGAUUUAGAGCCACCUUUAAAACCCGUCUUUGCAUCUACCAUAGAGCCUGCCAAGUCAACGUCCAGAGACGACGCUCUAUCUGACAGGCUGAAGAGUCUUCGAAGCCAGUCAGGUUCACCUAUACCCACUGCUACAACACAGCCUCGAACAUCUGCAGACCCAGAUAUAAGAGAGUCGGGCCAAGACUUUGGUUCCACUGUUGUGCCAGGCAGCACCGGUGUAGACCCGCUACUUGAUACUGACGAGCAGACGCUUGAGGAGUUACUAGCGGAACUUGGUUCAGACGAUCAGUGGCUCGAAGAAGCAGCUGCCGAGUUUACCGCCGAUGAAGAACAUCGGAGAGUUACCGCGCUUCUCGAAGAACUUGGCACCACUUCUCCGGAUCACGCUAGCCUAGAUAACACUGCCCCUCAUCCUCACGACGCCGACGGCAGUAGUGACGAAGAUGAUUCUGACGGCGAGCCCAUGACACAAGAAGCAGAUGAUAUCCUCGCACAAGCUAUCGAUGAGACAGAGUAUGAGAAAGCUUAUUCACCUGGAGCUGAACCCAGGCCGACAUUACCACUGUUCUCGGGGGUUGGCUUGAAAUACGCCGACUCGUUCAACUUACCCGCAGUCCCGUCUGAGCUCCAAGAUCAACCCGACCUGCCAGACCCAUCGCAGGCCGACGACUUCGAAGCGGACAUAACAUCUCGCAUGGCAGCCCUCAAGGGACUUGGCAGUUCGGGACGUACACUACCCUCAGCGCCAACUUCUCAGGUAGAUGAUCUGGGCUUACCUGUCGCGCCGACAUUCGCGCCUGAAGACCGCCCUCUCAAGGGCGUCUACAAGCGGUGCGGCUACACGGAUGAGGAUCAGAGGACGUGGUGCAUCGUGUGCCUCGAGGAUGGUGCUAUACACUGUCUUGGAUGCGACGAUGAUAUUUACUGUGCAAGGUGUUGGAAAGAAAUGCAUGUCGGUCCUAGAGCCGGGUACGAGGAAAGAGGGCAUAGUUGGGAGAAAUUUGUCAGAGAUAGAUGA